UUCUGCAUCUGAAAGUGAGCGGCGCUAUGGCUGAUGAGAAGAAAGCACAGCAAGCCUCCAAGAAGGGCGCGAAGAAAAUCAUCAAGAAGGCGCCAGCGAAGGGCGGUAAGAAGAGGAGGCGGUCCAGGAAAGAAAGUUACUCCAUCUACAUCUACAAAGUGAUGAAGCAGGUUCACCCCGACACCGGCAUCUCCUCCAAGGCCAUGAGCAUCAUGAACUCGUUCGUCAACGAUAUUUUCGAGCGCAUCGCGGGGGAGGCUUCCCGCCUGGCCCAUUACAACAAGCGCAGCACCAUCAGCUCCCGGGAGAUCCAGACCGCCGUGCGGCUGCUGCUGCCCGGGGAGCUGGCCAAGCACGCCGUGUCGGAGGGCACAAAGGCGGUGACCAAGUACACCAGCUCCAAGUGAAGGACCGCAUUGCACUAAGACAA